AUGGCAUACAACCAGUCCUACAACCCCGAUGCGCUGCCAGCUCAUGCAGAGCCGGAACAGGUAGCGCAAAUGCUCGGCGCCAUGCAAUCCAACAACUCGCACCACCAGAAGCAGUCUCGCCCAUCUCCUCACCCUCCCUCCAGCGGGGUUCCACCUCGAGUACCCGUUUCUAGUGCCGGCAGUCCCCAUCCUCAACGUUACGGCGCACCGAGUCAGGCUCCGCACGGUGGACGGUCGCCGGCAAACGUCCCUCCAGCGAGUCAACAACAACGCCCUCACCCACUCCAUCCCUCUCCUCCUCCGCAAAACUACGGCUUUGGGCCGCCUCCUAGCCAGCCAGUGCGCAAUCGUCCGCCGCCCGCGUCGCGUCCACCCAAUUCGCCCAACCAUGGCGCACUGGCAGUUCCCGACGACGACCCGCAACAGCUAUUCCCCCUGUUCCGCGCUGCGAACACGUCGCAUUCGGGCACACUCACGGAGAUGGAGCUGGGCUCUGCUCUAGUGAACGGAGAUUUCACGUCGUUUCACCCGAAGACCGUUAAGAUGAUGAUCCGCAUGUUUGACCGGAACAACAGCGGAACAAUCUCAUUUGACGAGUUUGUGGCACUGUGGCGCUACCUUGCAGCGUGGCGGGAGCUGUUCGAUCGAUUCGAUCAAGACCGCAGCGGGCGCAUUAGCCUGUACGAGUUUGAGAAUGCACUGGUGGCCUUCGGGUACCGGCUAAGCCAGCCAUUUGUGAUGGUGCUAUUCCGGACAUUCGAGAACAAAGGCCGGCAGAUGAAUAAUGGUCCUCCGUACGGGCCAGCGAAACAGGGCAUGAGCUUCGAUUUGUUUGUGCAGGCGUGCAUUAGUCUGCGGCGCAUGACGGACGUCUUUAAGCGGUAUGAUGAUGAUCGCGACGGCUAUAUUACGGUGAGCUUCGAGGAAUUCUUGACUGGUGAGUUGGCCCCCGCCCUCGUUAUGCGAAAACAAGCGUGGAAAAUUAGUUGCUAA